AGAGCGAGAGAGAAAAUGAGGAGAAAAAGACAGGAGGACUGUUUUGCCACACUCUUGUUGAUUUGUUUCAGUGAGAGAGGCGGUAUGCUGAGCAGCUAGUUGUUACAGUGAGAGAGGCGGUGUGCUGAGCAGCUAGUUGUUACAGUGAGAGAGGCGGUGUGCUGAGCAGCUAGUUGUUACAGUGAGAGAGGCGGUGUGCUGAGCAGCUAGUUGUUACAGUGAGAGAGGCGGUGUGCCGAGCAGCUAGUUGUUACAGUGAGAGAGGCAGUGUGCUGAGCAGCUAGUUGUUUCAGUGAGAGAGGCGGUGUGCUGAGCGGCUAGUUGUUACAGUGAGCGAGAGAGAACACUAGACGGAUCUCCUGUUGUGUUCUGUUUAACACACCUGGCUGUGCCAGUCUUCUGGGUUCUGAUUGCUCCUGGUCAGUGGGCCCAACUGAGCGGGGUCAGUGCCAGCUGGCCUGGAUGGCACGCCAGUGAUGCCACAGACUGUGGACUCUGCAAUAGCCGACUCGAUAAUCAACCUGUCAGUGUCCAGUAAAAGCACCAUGGAGAACGGGGACAUAGUCAAAGGCGUGCUGACCAAUGGCCGGGACUCUCAGAAGCAGACUGUCAUGUCCCUCACCAACGCACAGUCACAGGCUCUGCUGCAACAGUUGACCUUGUCUCCAGCGCAGCAGCAGCUGUUUCUCCAGCAGGCUCAGGCCCAGCUCCUUGCAGCAGCCGUUCAGCAGCACUCCGCCAGCCAGGCCCAGAACAGCAGCACCACGGGGGCUGCCAUCUCUGCCUCCGCAGCCACCCCCAUCACCACCCAACUACCACUGUCCCAGCCUAUACACAUCACUCCUCUCCAGCAGCAGGGCCUGCAGCAGUUUGUGUUGGUCCAGCCAGGUCAUUCCAUGGCCACCCAGCUACAGCCUCAGUUCUUCAUCUCCCAGACUCCACAGGGACAGCCCAGUAUGUUUCAGUAUCAUAAUCUUUUGCAAGCCCAAAAUCUUCUCACUCAACUACCUCAGAGCCAAGCCAACCUCCUACAGACUCCAACUAUCACAAUUGCCCCACAGACGGCCACUCCCACGCGGACCGUAACUGCCACCCCUGGCCAGCUCCUCAUCCACAGCCAGACCCCGCCCCCUAAGGGUCUGGGCACGCCCACUCUGGAGGAUGCCAAUGAUCUGGAGGAGCUGGAGAUUUUCUCCAAGGCCUUCAAACAGAGGAGGAUCAGACUGGGCUUCACACAGGGUGACGUGGGGCUGGCCAUGGGGAAGCUGUAUGGUAAUGACUUCAGCCAGACCACCAUCUCCCGCUUUGAAGCACUCAACCUGAGCUUCAAGAACAUGUGUAAGCUGAAACCGCUGCUGGAGAAGUGGCUCAACGACGCAGAGAAUGUGAGCUCAGAGUCCAGCCCCAGCCUCAGUCCCCUGGGCUCUGGUCACGGGUCACCCAGCCUGGCGUCUGACCUCAAUAGCCGGCGCCGCAAGAAGAGGACCAGCAUCGACACCAACAUCCGUGUGGCCCUGGAGAAGAGCUUCCUCCAGCAAAACCAGAAGCCGUCGUCAGACGAGAUCUCCCUGAUAGCAGACCAGCUGAACAUGGAGAAGGAGGUGAUCCGGGUGUGGUUCUGUAACCGCCGGCAGAAGGAGAAGAGGAUCAACCCUCCCAGCAGCUCAGCUUUCCAGAAGUCCAUCUUCUCGUCCCCUACUACUGCCAGCCUGGUGAACACUGUACCCCAGACCACUGUGACUGUCACCCCCUCUCUGCCUGUCACCAGCUUCAGCCUCACAGACAGGACCCUGGUGCCAGCCACCGGCAACACAGCAUCCGUCAUCUCCAGCACCCCUACAGUCCCCUCUAUGUCCCUCACACCCUCCUCCUCCGUGACAACCAUGUCACAGCCAGCCGUUACCAUGACGCAGGCGGGGCAAAUGCUCUACAGCAACGGCGGGGGUCUGGCUGCAAUGGCAGCUGCAGCGGCGGGAAUCAGCCCGGGUCUCAUGCCUUCAUCGCAGUUCAACACAGGGGGGGCCUUACUGAACCUAACUACUGCAGGUUUUGGAGGAGCGCUAGCCACCAUCCAAGCUCUGGCCUCCAGCGGGUCCUUCCCCAUCACCACCCUGGACGGGAACGGGAACCUGCUAUUUGCCAACACCAGCAUGUCUGGCUCCGCCCCCAGCAUGGUGAACACGCCACUCUUCCUGAACCCCCAGAGCCUGUCCUUAUUGGGUAGUAACCCUGUCAGCUUCAUCCCUGCCAGUGCCCUCAGCCUGCAACUCACUGCUGGCACCAACACCAUCACCACGGCAACCACACCAGUCAACACCAUCGUCAGAGCCUCUAAGGCCCAAUGAAUGAACUCGCGGGGCGGGUCGCUCCCCAUUUCUUCCUCUUCAUUGGUCGUUAUUUAAUCUUUGUUCUUUUUGCUACCACCAAAAAGUUGUUGUUGGAAAAAUAUUCUUAAGAUGUUUUCCUCCCUAUCUCUGCCACAAGGGGUCCCAACGGUCCUUUCAAAGAUUGAUUGAGAUUUGGCAAUAGAAUCUCUUUUUCCUCAGAACCGCUUCUAAAACCAAAAAUGUGCGUUUGAUUUUAUUUUGCUGAGUAUUGAAUGAAACUGACAUGGUUUAACUUUCUAGAGAGAUUUCAUGAUGAUCUGUGUGUUAGGUUCUCUAAUUUUAAGUUUUACUUGAGGGCGUGUUGUACAGGCCUGGACCGUUGACAUCAGAUUUACAACUAAAGAUUAGAUUUCUCUGCUUGUUUCUCCAUUUUACCUAAAAUGUUCUUUGUGCGGUUAGUUGUGUGCUCUGAUAUUUGCCGUUUGUACAUUUUUCAAAACUUUUAUUAAAAGUUUUGUUGCUUUAACAUGUUUUUCAACAUAGUUCCAACUCUUUAAAAAGGAUCACUAGGCUGUGAGAGAGCCUGGGUGCAGACUUGCUAUGGAAGAGCUUUACUGCAGUCUCUGGGAAGAGUUACAAACAGCGGACUUCAUGAGAACUUGGAAUGUCCUUUAGCCAACCAACCAAAAAAUAUUUGUGUACUAGACUUAGCUCUAUAUUAUCAUCACCCUAGUGUAAUGUAGCAUAGGGAUUUAUCUAAUGGACCUCUCCAGAGCGGGAGAGAUUAAUGCAAUAUUUUGAAGGGGACUUUCCAAAGACUAACAAAGAUGUUUCUCUCUGAUAUUCUCCUCCCUUAUGCCGAGGUCUAUAAAAGACAGAGGUAGGAUACCAAAAAUAGCGUCUGGAGAAGGUAGGGUAAAGUGUCAGUAGUAUAGUGGAGUUGCAUGGCCCAUACUGAAUCUGCCUUGGAUUACAUGAGUUCAAGAAGGUAUUUACAAGAGUAAUGAUCUUGAAGUAAUUCUCAGGACAGCCAUUUCCCAGUGAGUCACUGCAUGUACAAGUUAAAGGAGAUUGUCCAGGUCUGGCCUUCUCUUGAGCUUAUUCUUUCUCGUAAGACCAAUAUGCUGCCACUAGAGCCCUGGGUACUGCAAUCAGUACUGACUCAACAUAAUAUAUUGAAAUACCUCAGCAGCAAGAAAACAAUUUUAUAUAUAUAUAUAUAUAUAGUCAAGCAAAACUGAAACCAUAAAUUCUAAGAAUGUAGAAAUGUUUACCAGUUUUUUUUUGUAGCUUUGCUGUACGUUUGAAACGGUGACGACAGCAGAGAAUCAUAUCUUGAUACACAACAUGAGCUGACUCCACAUGCACUGUAACUGUAGUGUCCAGUACUACUGCUAUUAUUAUGUCAUAUUCACCCAAAUGGUACUUUAUUCUUGUCUGAUCCUACAUACCAAAGCAUUAGCGUUUUCAUUUUGUAGCUGGUUUGAUGGGUAGAUUUCUUGGUGUGUGUUUGUUCUGGGGGUUUCCUGCAAAGCCUUAUGGGAGAUGUAGUUGUAUCUCUGCUUGAGUCUUUUUGUUGUGUGUUUGCUCUGCUAUAUUGAGAAGUUUUUGAAAUAUGUAUCCGAGGGCCAUUUUUACUUUACGUCUAGCGCUCGAUAUUCACAUGCAAGUAAUAUAUAUACAUGAAAUAUUCCUGUUUUCUAUCUGAACUAGUAGGUUCUUGUAAUUGAAUGUAGUGCAUUAUCUUUAACAUCCUCUGUAGGAUAGAAAUGUUUAAGUGUGACUCUGGACCAAAGUAAACCACAGGGUGUGGACUGAUCUGUUUCUGGCCUGUUGACUUGCAGUUUAAUGAUUUGAUUUGACAAUUUAAAAUCCAUUAUUUUUUUGUUUGACCUGGCAACAGAUAAAGUCCAAAUGCUUGUUUCCAUUAUGGUCCUCUUGUAACUAAGGAAAUGUACUGCGUUCUGUUUUUUACUUUUGUGUUGUGUGCUGUUUUAUCAAAAACAUGUAAAGCCAGAAGUUUUCACAAUGUGUACUUUUCAUGCCUGUAUGUUUACAUCACAAGGGAGAAAAUGUUUUAUUUUGUGGCCUUAAUGGAUGGGAUAUAUGGUAUCUGCAGACGACUACUUAAUGCAGGUUAGAAAACAACCUGUUUAUAAAACUUUACUGACAUCCUAACUGAUGGUUCCAGUCUUGGGGGGGGGGGGGGGGGGGACAGGCUGUCUAGUGCUGGGUUCAUCUGGGACUGUUGGGCCUAUUCAACACCAGGAGGCAGCAUCUCAAAAGAAACCAAAGACAUAACGCUCUACCACACACACACUUAGAUCAGUGGUGCUGCUGUCCUUUGUAGUCGCUUUACCUGAAUGUUGUGCAGUUAGUCAUCACAUCUCUUACACAUUGUCUUAGUUUUAUUUGUACGCCAAGUAAUGCAGGGGUCGGCAACAUAUGGUCAGAGGAAAAACACUCCAGGAAUCUUUUGAACGUUUAAAACUUUAAAUUAUAAUGGACCUUUUACGUUUUAAAAUAACUGCCCUUUUUCUGGCCCCCCAAAAAGUGCAGCCCUCCGCUGAAUUUUGAAAUCCCGAUGUGGCCCUGGAGUCUAAAUGAUUGCCCUUAACGUCUGCUUGUUUUGUUUCUACGGCAAGUAGAGGGCAGAUAUUUUCCUCCAGCUGUAUUCCAAAGCAAAAAUCCUGCUAAAUGUUUCAUCUACACAAAUACCAAAGAAUAUUCUGGCCGGGAUUCAAUCGGAUCGCAGGGUUAUAGGCGUUGUGGCUUUUAAAGGCCAUUUCUGAUUGAGCUGAACAUAUGCAGAAUUGAUCGUGAAUGGGACCUCUUUAAAAUACGUAAUACCUUUAUAACCUAGGACCGGAUUGAAUCCCGGCCUCUGACGGUCUUUCCCACUCUCUUCACGCUUCCCUUUCUACUCCCCUCCCUACAGCGUAUUUAUACUGUAGCAGACCGAUACAGAACCAAGCACUGGCAUCCAAAGUGCGGCCUCUGACGGUCUUUCCCACUCUCUUCACGCUUCCUUUCUACUCCCCUCCCUACAGCGUAUUUAUACUCUAGUAGACCGAUACAGAAUACAUGUAUAUUAUGGUAACUUUCAGGGAAGAUAUCGUCAAGCAGAAAAUGUGUUUUGAAAAGAGCUUAAUAGUUUUUUUUCUCAUUCAGUAUGGAUGUCAAUGCAGAAUGAUCUUACGGUUGGUCAAAUGUAAGGUAUUUCUGUAUGUUUUAGGAUUCAGUGCCUGUGUAUUGUGAUUUAAUACUUAAAAAAUAAAACUUGCCUGCAUAUCUUUUCCUAACACCCACACAGAGUUAGGUAGGUUACUUUCUAAAUGUAAUCCGUUACUAGUUAUCUGAAAUUGUAAACAGUUAACUAACUUAGAUUACUCAGUAACAAUCGGAUUACUUUCCCCUUAAGAGGCAUUAGAAGUUGACAAAAAUGAUCCAUCAAACACAUUUGUUGUGUCAUAGUGGUCUCUGACUUGUGGUCAGACUCGCUCAGGGGAAAUAAACGUAAAUGCUUUUCAAUGCCUAAUUUAAUGUAAUUGAUAAAACAGAAAAGGUGUCAAUGUAACAUUUUUGUAAACCAAGAAGUAAUCUAGUUUUUCAAAAGUAUAAUCUGAUUACACAAUUUUUUCUGAUAACGUAACAGAUUACAGUACACCACUCCAAAUCUGGUCCCUACUUCCUCCGGUCUCGUUUAGUGAGGUAGGAGUUGUCACACUAACACUAGGUGGUGACACCCAUGGUUGUGGCAAUGCAAGGUGUGAUGUCACUCCUUGGCAGACUACAUAGAUGAUGAACACACCCACUCACCAGUAUACUAGCUUACUACUGCUAUAUCAACUACCAUCACGCCACACUGUUGUCAGGGGAACAACGUAGGGAGACUGUAGUGUUUAACUGUAGUGUCCCAUCUUGUCGACCUGUUUGUCUGCUGUAUUUGGGGGAUUACGGUGUUUUUUUACUUACAAAAUGUAUAUGGAAAAUCUCUUACUGUAACUUUGUUAUAAACAUCAUUAAAAGUAGUAACAUUGUU